AUGCAGCGCAGUGUUAAGGAAAUUUUAACAGCACGAAAAUUAAAAACAACUGUUUACAUCAACGAAACCUCUUUACUAACAUCCUGGUGCUUUGACUGCGACAAGCAGAAUCAGUCAAGCAGUCAAAAGUCAUUCGACUUAGGCGACAGUCGCUUCAAAGCUUUUAUGAUUGAGUGGCGACAUCAAGCAAUGAGCCUCAAUAAAGCUUUUCUUCACGGUGGAGUUAUUUUUGGCAGUCUCGUUUAA